UCCAAGUUACAGUGAUAAUUAGGUUGUCGUUGUUGCUCAAUCCAAAACCUAUUUCUUCGUGUGAAGAAAAGAGAAAUCUCAAUGUGCUGAGUGAUUGUUCUAUGAGUUAAGAGACAAAGUUCUUCGGGACUGAGAGAGAAAGAAUCACUGGCAUUGAGUCCACUUGACUUGUUCCUCAAGUGAAGUCGUGGGAUAAUUUGAAAUCCCACCAUUAUGCCACAUGUCGGUUGGCCGUUAGGUGGCGCGAACCCCUAUUGGUCAUUUUGCAUCCACCUCGGGGUUGCUCAAGCUAUAAAUAGUUGCUCCUCCCCAACCUCCAACGGCUGGCUGAUCCAUUUGAGUUAGCAAGAGUUUGCUGAGCACCCCAAUCCACUAAGAGAAUUGCUAGAAUACAAAGAGAGAAUCCAAAGCCUAAAAUAUGUUAAGUCAUUGAGCAUCAUGAUGAAAUAGAUUGAAGUGUAGCUUGUGUCUAUUACUCUUGUGGACUGUGCAUCCACUCGACGGUUAGGCGUCGGUCUGAGCAACCAAGAGUCAUUGUGGUUUGCCAAGGACAAGUAUGUGAAGGUUUGGAGACUGUCUGGAAGAAUCUAAUGGAAGUAAUUUAGUGUUGUAGAUAUUGAUAUACUUUUCUAUAAAAUUGAUCAAACACAUCAAAUUAUAGUCAAACCUAGCUAAAACUUCAAUUAACUUGGAACAAAGAUAGUAUGUCCUUUUUCCACACAAGUCCACAAUUUAUUUUUGAGUGGCACACCAGUCCACAAUUGACGAAAAUGGUGGCGACUCGGAUGUGCAUGACGGAUCGGACAUAAUGUACGCUGUGGAGGAAGUUGAAUCCGCUGGGGAAAAUGAUGUUAGCAGCAGAGGAGCAAAGCGACGGUGUACACAGGCGUAAGUUUCUAGAUUUGCAGAGCAGCACAGGCGCCCAAUGUUCGUCCUAGUCUGCUAGUUAGGCAGGGCACUCUUCUUUCAGUUCUUUGUGGUGUCCGUCCUAACGCAUGCAAGAAUUCGAGAGUGCGUUAACAAGUGUGAUGCCAUGAUGCCCAGUGUGUAUGUGAUGCUUUCCGAUUGUCAACUUGAGUUCCUUGUGUAUUUAAGCUUAAAAAGCUUUUCUGAUUUGUCAUCCUGGAUUGGAAUAUACAACACUCCGUAAUGUAGAAUCUGUUUGGAGGAGGAACGUUCUAUCUCUGGCUGACGGACAGUGGUUUGUUUUGCGAUUAGAAACAACUGUUAGGCAUGUAUUAAAAACAUGUUGCCGCUGUUGUUUAAGUUGACUCGUGUUUGAUGUUUACGUACGGGCCAAUGGUCAUUAAGAUAUAACAAAGGGCUACAGGAUGAUGGGGUCAAUUAUAGAAAGCUAAGAGGAGUUGCAUUAAAUUCAUGGUUGGCCGGGUGCGCGUGAGUGCGACGCAGACGGCUCAGGCUGGUUGUAAUGGUGAGUACUACGUUCGUAAUCCAUAGUAUCAUAAGUUAGUAUUUUAAGGUUGCCUUAUUAAUUGUCAUGCAUGACACAAAAUAAUACAAUAUUUAAUAUGAUACGGUAUCAUGAUAUGAUACCACACUCUCUCUUUUCUUGUUUAAUUAUGUGCCACAUCAUCCAAAAAUUCUAGUUGACAUACAUGAUACCAUUUAUAAUACUUCCAUUACGACCAGCCUCAGUCUGGCUCACGAAAUUGGCUGAGCCGUGGGUGGAUUAGCUGUUUCGCCUGUACGAGCUGCCAUCAUAUUUAAUGCGCCUACACGACCUGGCCAUUUUUACUAUGAUACCUAAGCUAUACGGAGAGAAAAUACCACGGACAGCAUAGAUCCCCAUGCUAUUGGACGAUGCUGAUUUCGGGAUCAUAUGAGCCCGGACUCAGAAACGAAUAUCCGUUUUUCCUUCUCCUUCUCUCUUCUAUUUCAGCUUCCACUCUCCCCUCUUGGUUGGUGUAGACUCUCUUGUGCAUGACCUCUUCCUCUACAUGUGUGAAGCUUAGCUCAAACCUAUGUAUGCACGAGAGAGGAGGAUGAAGUAGUGUAUCAUCCAAAGUAGACACACAUAAAUGAUAGAGUUCACCCUAGUACCUAUGAUGCGCGUGUCACUUGGCAAUUGAGCCAAGGUCACGGUAGUGAGAGAUGUGGUCUUGAGAGAGUCUUCUUCAAUCCAAAGGAUGUGAAGGUCUUGAUAAGGAGGAUUCUUCCCUUUUGAGUUGUCUUGAUCCUUUAAGAGAAGGUAAGAUGAGCAAAGCUCUCACAAGAUCCAUUCAUAUUCUUUGCUAACCCUAGUGAAGAGGUGGGAUGAAGUUAUAUAUGGUCCUUGCCAUGAAGAGGUAGAUGGGGUAGGCAAGAGAGAGGAUAGAUGGCCCGUGGACCUCUCACUGCGUGCAUGCAGGACAUAGCCGGACAGUCCGACAGGGUUGAUUGAAUAGAGGCUAGCACACGUGUCAGAUGUUGGAGCGGAGAUCAGUGGCCGGACAGUCCGGCUAGCCAGACAAAAAGUUGCCGUAUAGAAAGUCAAAGAGAACUUUUGUCCGGCUUGCUGAAAUUCAGAUAGACAUCAGCUGCUGUGCGUGCAUUGGCCUGUAGUUCAAAUUUGGAUAGACAUUCGGAUGUACCUUGAGCCUGGAAGAUUGACAUUCAGAUGUUGUUUUGUUUAGAUAAACAUCAGCGUGGCAAGUUCAGUUUAUCUUGAGCUCGAAAGAUUGCCAUUCAGAAGUCGAUUUGUUUAGUUUAUCUGAACUACGGCAAGUUGUUUUGGUCGCCAGCAGACACGGUAGUUCGUUGGUUUGUGGUUGUGUGCAGUUCGGCUACCCGACAGAUCAGGACUUGGCGCACACCAUAGACAUGGUCGUUGGCGUCAAGGACCCAGAGCAGGCGGUCGGACGAGGGUGGUCGGCAGCAGAAACUCCGAGCCAUGCUUGUGGGGUGAUAAUGGUGGGAGGAGGAGAACUAACGUUUUUGGUGCACUAUUAUAGGGCAGCCGUUGGAGACGGCACUUGCUCAUGCCCAAAAAAGAUAUAUAUCAGUUUUGGUGCCCGUUUAUGUUUGUUACAACACCCUCUUUUGGUGCCCUAAAAUAGGGCAGCUAUUGGAGAUGCUCAUAGCAUGAUAUAUAGAUCAAAUCGCAGUAUUAGCCCUUUCUAUGAGCUCACAUCAUAACCUUCUCUGACCAAACUGCAGGAAGCACGAAGAGAUGGGCUAGAGAUAUGUUCUUUUGCAUGUUCGAAUCAUCUCCUACAUAUUUGAUUCCUUUUUUUUAUCAUACCAAUAAGUUAGGGCCUCCUUUUUGAAUCAUCUCCUACAUAUUUGCAUGUUUGAAUCAUCUCCUAUAUUUUUGGGGUGUUAGGGCCUCCUUUGAUUCAUAUGAUACGAAUUUCAUAGAAAUAAGAAAAUCAUAGGAAGUGAGAUGUCAAGCAUCUCAAUUUCUAUAGAGAAAAAUAUGUCAUUUGAUACAUAGGAUAGAAAAAUUUUCAUUAAGUCUAGGCUAAUACUUUUUUUCCUUUGAAAUGUGAAGGAUUUGUUCUUAUCCUACAUAGGAAUAGGAAUCCAUUCCUACAAACCAAAAGGCUUCAUAGGAAUUUUUCCUUUGAAAAUCCUACCCUAUGAAAUUCCUACAAGAUUACUACUCCCUCCGUUCCCAAAUAUAAGUCUUUCUAGAGAUUUCAAUAAGUGACUACAUACAGAGCAAAAUAAGUGAAUCUACACUUUAAAAUAUGUCUACAUACAUCUGUAUGUUGUAAUCCAUUUGAAAUAUCUAAAAAGACUUAUAUUUAGGAACGGAGGGAGUACAAACUAAAGGAGGCAUAGAUGUUUAGAAGGCCUCUAGCCGGACAGUCGUCCACAACUGAGCUGUUUAUUUUUUUUCCUGCAUAUGGGCUGUUGGGCUCGUAAAAGACCAGGGCCUGUUAGCAAUAAAACAGAGUGCUCCUUCCUCCCCGUGCCCCCGUUCCCCUUUCCAUUUCGACCGCCGGCGGCGGCGGUCGGCGGCGGCAGCGAAAGCACAGCUCGUCCCCACCACUUCCAUUUCGAGCUAAGCCCCACAGGCCAAGAGAUGGCGGCCGUGCUUCGUUCCGCGACUAGAAGGUUGGCCGGCCAUCUGCCGGCGCUUGAGAGGGGCCACAUCCAGCUCCCAGGGGCUUCCUUCGAUCCACUCAAGGGCCACUGCUCAGCCCACUCUGGUUUCACUUCCCACUGCUCACCCCAGACGGCUGCACUACAUGGCGGUGCUUUCAGGCCAGCUCGCAUCGCACCAAGCAGCAAACCCGUGGGAUCUAUGUGCACACGCAUGUUCUCUACGCCAGCUGGUGGCUCUGCCCGGCCACCGCAGGACAAGUUUUGGUUUGAGGUGGUGGUGCAUAGGACACCGUGCCCAGAAAAUCCCCGUCCUUGCCUUUACCGUAAAAGGUUCUACAAUGUUGACAAAGAUAAGGCCGAAUUAAUCUUCAGACACUUUUUGAGCAGGGUAAAUCAAGAUUCAAAGGCCGCCGCUAGUGACUCGCUAAAGUCGCGUUUCACCAAGCUUAAGUUUAUCGUGACAGAUAAGCUUUAUCUUGUUUUGGUUGGAGCCGCUUUAAAAUCUGGAAAGAUGCAGCUUCUUAUCGUCUGUGCUUUGUUCUACGUACUCUUUCUGAGGGCACCAUCUUUUAUGCGAAGAAUGGCGAGGGUUGCUGCACCACCUGCCAAAGGGAAUGAGUCAGAGUGAUGGUUAUUUUUGUUGGUGCUCUGUAUUGGUGGAACUUUAUUUGUGAACCUUCUUCUGUACCUUAGGUGCUACUUGGUCUGCAUGUGUGAGACUUCAUUUGUGAACCUUCUCUGUACCUUAGUUGCUACUUGGUCUGCAUGUGGACUUUAUUUGUGAACCUUCUCUGUACCUCAGUCGCUACUUGGUCUGCAUGUGUGAGACUUUAUAUGUGAAGCUUCUCUGUACUUAGUUGCUACUACCUGGUUUAGUUGCUACUACCUGGUGUGCACGUGUGACUGUGUGAGACGUUAUUUGUGAACCUUCUCUGUACUUUAGUUGCUA